GCCGUCACCGGUUGGCGGAGCCGCAAAGUCAUCACGGCGAUAUCGGGAAUUCCUCUCCGUGUAGGGCUCCGCGUGUGUGACGGAGAACCGGAGCCUCACUCUCUGCUGGGAGGAAGCAGCACGCACCGAAUACACGUGAGGCGUCAACCAUGUUCAUCUACCAUGUUUCCUGCCCGUGUUUUCAUCUGAGCCCGGCUCCGCCGCAGGAGGAGGAGUAGGACAUGUAUCUGUGUGAGAGUGGGAAAGUAGUUGAGGUUUGAUGAGAACAAACUUAGAAAAGAGACAACAUGGUCAACUGCAUCUUCAUCCGCAUUUCCUGCUCAUAAACAUCAGAUCUGAGAUCUGUCCUGCUACUAAGGUGACCCCAGCAAGGCCGACUUGAAUAGAUUUUGCCAUGUUUUCUGAUGCUCUGGACGCUGCUGGGCGGGUGGAGGGCCUGCCGCUGUCCUCCCCACCGCCACUACCAGAGCUAGCAGAGGAGGAAGCAGAGGCCUCAGCGGAGAGGGGGCCGAAGAGACGAGGCCGUUACAGGCAGAGUCUGCAGCUUUUAAAGCCCUUCAGGAUAACACACAGGCACCAGCACCCAGUCGAUAACGCCGGCCUCUUUUCAUUUAUGACUCUGCACUGGCUCUCCCCACUGGCACUAAAGGCGUUCAGGGCGUCCAGCCUGUCUAUAGACGAUGUGUGGGGACUGUCUUGCCACGAAGCCUCUGAGAUCAACUGCCAAAGGCUUGAAUCUUUGUGGCAUGACGAGCUGAAGAGUCGAGGGCGCGAGGGUGCAUCGCUGACAAGAGUCUUCUGGAGGUUCUGCCAAACCCGCGUAUUGGUGGCCAUCUUUUCCCUCCUCCUCACAAUGGUGGCAGGCUUCAUUGGGCCCGCUCUCCUGGUGCGAGCUCUGCUGGAGUAUUCCCAGAGUCCAGUGAGCUGCGUUCCGUACGGCCUGUCCCUGGUAGCCGGGAUCUUCCUCACUGAGCUGAUUCGCUCCUGGUCCAUGGCGCUCAUGUGGGCCGUCAACUACCGCACUGCAGCGCGCCUCCGUGGGGCCGCUCUUACUUUUGCGUUCCACAAAAUCCUCCGCCUACGCCACACUAAAGACAUCACACCGGGCGAGCUGAUCAACAUCUGCACGAAUGACGGCCAGCGGCUGUAUGAAGCAGUGUCAAUAGGCUGCAUGCUGGCUGGGGGGCCCCUGGUGGGAAUACUUGGUCUGUCCUACACUGCAUACUUCCUGGGCCCCACUGCUCUGCUGGGCUCAGCAAUUUUCGUCCUCUUCUACCCUACCAUGAUGCUCGCAUCGAGACUGACGGCAUAUUUCCGCAAAAAGUGUGUGACAGUGACUGACCGCCGCGUGAGGUUGAUGAACGAGAUCUUGGGCUGCAUGAAGUUCAUCAAGAUGUACUGUUGGGAAGACAUCUUUGCAAAGAAUAUUCACAAGGUGCGAUCAGAGGAGAGGGGAAUACUGGAGAAAGCUGGUGUCGUCCACAGCCUCACAGUGGGUGUGGCUCCCAUCGUCGUGGUGAUAGCAAGCGCAUGCACUUUCACCCUGCAUAUGGCUUUGGGCUAUGACCUCACUGCAGCUCAGGCUUUCACUGUAGUUGCAGUUUUCAACUCCAUGACCUUUUCCUUGAAAGUCACACCAAUGGCUGUAAGGUCACUGUCGGAGGGCGCCGUCGCAGUUAAAAGAUUUCAGAGGCUCUUUAUGAUGGAAGACAGAGAGGUUGUUUUGCUCAAAAUGGAGGAUCCUAGCAACGCCGUGGAAUUUCGGGAUGCCACACUGGCUUGGGAAAAGGCUCGCCCUCCUCCUGCUAAACCUAACCCACCUCCGAAGAAACGGGGAGGGAUGAAACGCGUGCUGCGCAGGGAGAAGCUCAGCCUGUACAUUUCCACAGAGGAAGGCAAAGGGAACAAGGAAGUUCCUAACGCUCAAAGUCUCCUCACUAAUAUGGAGCAGGAGAGUCCACAAAGCACCAUCUCCUCCACACAAAGCAUACGGCCUCCACUGCACAAGACCCUGCACCGCAUCGACCUGCGCAUUAAGAGGGGUUCACUGGUUGGAAUCUGUGGAGGCGUCGGCACAGGAAAGAGCUCUCUUCUGUCCGCUCUACUGGGACAGAUGACCCUGUUAGAGGGGAACGUAGCGGUCAGCGGCGGCUUUGCUUACGUCGCUCAACAAGCCUGGAUCCUCAAUGACUCACUGAAGGAAAACAUCCUGUUUGGAAACGAGUAUGACCCGGAGAAAUAUAAUGCUGUCCUGGAAGCCUGCUGCCUUCUCCCAGAUCUUGCAGAGCUCCCAUACGGGGACAUGACUGAGAUUGGUGAGAGAGGGGCCAACCUGAGUGGAGGGCAGCGCCAGAGAGUGAGUCUGGCCCGGGCUCUCUACAGCGAGCGGCCCAUAAUGCUCCUGGAUGACCCUCUCAGUGCGGUCGAUGCUUGUGUGGGUUCCCAUGUCUUCCAUAAAGCUAUCAAAGCUGCCGGCAAAGACAAGACGGUGCUCUUUGUAACGCACCAGCUGCAAUACCUGCCCCAGUGCGACCAUGUGAUUCUGAUGAAGGACGGGCAGAUUGCAGAGCAGGGCUCUCAUGCUCAGUUAAUGUGUAGAGAGCGUGACUAUGCCAGCCUAUUCAACAGCAUGCAACACGAGAAUCUGGUGAAAGAGAAUUUAAAAAACAAACGGGAAGGUGCAGUAAAGCCUGACAGUGUGGUCGAUGUUGCCAAGGCCGUGCCGAAGGCUGAAAGCAAGAAAGGAGAGUGUCUGAUGAAAGCUGAGGAGAAGGGCUCCGGUGCAGUCGCCUGGUCUGUGUAUGCGGCAUACAUCAAAGCAGCAGGAGGUCCAAUAGUCUUCAUCAUCAACGUAUUCCUCUUCCUCUCCACUACAGGCACCAUAGCCUUCAGUAACUGGUGGCUGAGUCACUGGAUCAGGCAGGGCAGUGGGAACACAUCAUUAAUCUCGGAGAAUGAAACGAUGGCGAGCAACAGCAUGAGACUCAACCCUCACAUUCAGUACUAUUCCACUGUUUACGUGGCGUCCAUGGGAGCUUCUUUGCUGCUGAAGACAAUGAGAGGGCUGGUGUUUGUGAAGUGCACGGUGAAGGCUGCCUCCGUGCUCCACGACAAGCUGUUCCGCCAGCUCCUCCUCAGCCCUAUGCACUUCUUUGAUACAACCCCCCUGGGUCGUAUCCUGACCCGCUUCUCCAGAGACAUGGAUGAGGUGGAUGUGCGUCUCACCAUGCAAGCUGAGAUGCUGCUGCAGAACCUGACCCUGGUGCUGUUUUGCUUGGGAAUGGUGAGCAUUGUCUUCCCGUGGUUCCUGAUCUCCAUCCUGCCCAUCGGAGCCUUCCUCUUCGUCAUCAACCGUGUGUCCAGGGUUCUGAUUCGCGAGCUGAAGCGGCUGGAGAACAUCAGCCAAUCACCAUUCACCUCUCACAUCACCAGCAGCCUUCAGGGACUCUCCACAAUCCACGCCUUUGGAAGAGGGCACGACUUCCUCCAAAGAUAUCAGGAUCUACUGGACACCAACCAGGCCUCCAACUACCUCUUUAGCUGCGCCAUGCGUUGGCUGGCUGUUCGCCUGGACCUCAUCAGCAUCACUCUCACCACUGGUGUAGCUCUUUUCAUUGUCUUCAUGCACAAACAGAUACCUCCAGCCUACGCAGGCCUCGCCAUAUCGUACGCAGUGCAGCUGAACGGCCUGUUACAGUUCACCGUGCGGCUGCUCACAGAGACCGAAGCUCGCUUCACAUCAGUGGAGAGGAUCGAUCAUUAUAUAAAUAGUCUCGAGAGUGAAGCCCCCCGACAAAGUCCCUCAGCAGAUGCUCCUGCCCCCUCCUGGCCUCAGCAGGGGAACAUCACCUUCCAGGAUGUGGAGAUGCGUUAUCGUGAGGAUCUGCCGCUGGUGCUGAAGAAUCUGUCCUUCACCAUCGGGCCGGAAGAGACCAUCGGCAUUGUGGGCCGUACGGGAUCAGGAAAGUCGUCUCUGGGCGUAGCUCUCUUCAGACUCGUGGAGCUGACUGGAGGCUCGAUUAUCAUUGACGGAAUCAAUAUUGCACAGAUUGGUCUGGAUGAUCUGCGAAGCAAGCUAGCCAUCAUUCCUCAAGAGCCGGUACUCUUCAUCGGAACAGUCAGGACCAAUUUAGACCCAUGGGAUCAGUACUCCGAUUCGCAGAUAUGGGAAGCUCUUGAGAAGACGCAUAUUAAAGAGAUGAUCAGCCAACUGCCUCACACGCUCCACUCAGAGGUGACGGAGAACGGAGAGAACUUCUCAGUGGGGGAACGACAGCUACUCUGUGUGGCCAGAGCCCUGCUGCGCAACAGCAAGGUCCUUAUAUUAGACGAGGCAACAGCAGCCAUCGACACUGAGACAGACCGCCUCAUCCAGCAGACCAUUCGCUGUGCGUUUGGCAGCUGCACCACCCUCAUCAUCGCCCAUCGUCUGAACACUGUGAUGAGCUGCAGCAGGGUCAUGGUCCUGGACAACGGCCAGAUUUUGGAGUUUGACAGCCCCACUUCUUUGUUGGCAGACGAAAACUCAAGAUUCAGAGCCAUGAUAGAAGCAUCAGAAAACCAAAGCAGAUAAAAGACACUGGAGCUGAACUGUGACGUGAGAGGUGACGCUACAAAAUAUUCAGUGGAAAACCUAAAAUGCACAAAAAACACCACUCAGUCCUGCAGCAGUGGGAGAGUGAGGUGUAGAUACAAAAAAGUGUCUCUGACAACGGCUUCUUUGUGUAGCAAUGUCUGUUUAUUUCCAAACCAAAGACCCAGGGACCACAUUUUGUGAAGGACGAAGCAGAACCGCUUCCUGCUCUUUGUGGAGGCCAAAUAAUCAUCUGCAAGUGAAACAGAGCAACGUCUCCGACAAUAGCACUUUAUAAUUCAUGUGGACACUGGUGCUUCCUUUUCCUUAUGGACGUCAGCUGAUCAGUAAGACUUCAAAUUAGUUUUAGUCUUUUUAUUUCUGAAGCAAGAAUUUACUGUUAAGGAUGUAUUAGUUAGUAUUGAUUUUUCAAUACAGUAUAUCCAGACAAAAAUCCUCUAUUCAUUAACCAUUCCUAUAUGUCAUUUUUUAUGUUUAUUUUUCAGUCUGUUAUAACGGAAUUUCAGUAAAUGAUGGCAGAUUUUAUUUGUGCCUACGCUGUAAACAUUUUCAGGUCAUGUAAUGGAGUUAGCCAUGUAAGCAUGCCUCUUACACACUGCAUGCAAGUACUGUGUGAUGGAGGUUUCCUCUAAAUCCAAAUGCUGCUUCGUAUCGGUCAUAUUGCAAUCUGGGGGGGGGGGGGUGGGGUUGUUUUGUGUGUGUGAUAAGUAUGUGUUUGGGUCAUUCGGGAUGCAAUAUUACCAAUGAUAACAAUUUAUUUUAGCAGAUAUUUCUUUCCUUUUCAAACUUAUUUAAAGAAAUUUGAAUUCCGUAACAUGUUGAAAUAUCAACAGGCCUCUAUGCAAACCCUUCCUCCUUCAGUAAAGAUAAAGAUAUAUAAUUGUAUUUAUAUAAAGAGAAAUAUUCAAAAUGCUGGUAUUUCAAAUCUGCACAUUUGAAACUGAUGGUAAGGUUUUUAGGAGGAUAAUACAGUAUAUAAUGUGCAACAAAGCUGAAACUGAUCAACAUAUUAUGUAUUUUAAAUGUUUUCAAAAAGCUGUAGAUUGAAAUUCUGCCUUAUAAUCAAGUAUGUGCUAUACAAUCAUUGAUAAAGUGCAAUUAGUUUAUUUUGCAUCGAUACGUUUCACGAUUGCCUUUUGUAAAUUUGAGAUUUUAAUCUUGUUUUGUUAUUAAGGUUCUUGUUUUUUAAAUAAAAAUAUUUUUAUAUAUGAUGAUGUCCAAUUGUCUAAGCUGUUUUACAUGUCAAAAGGUAACUCUGAUUGCACACAUCAGACUGUAGGCAGGGAUCAGCGAGUACUUCUGCAUUUGAUGGAAAUAAGUAGUAUAAAGCCUUUGGGCACUUCUACAACAUUCAUUCCUUAACAUGGUAGAAGAUAUUCUUUAAGCUGCACUUAAGUGAAAAGAUACUUGUUUAUUGAUUUCUUAACUAAACUGGAGGACUCAACAACACAAAAAGUACAGUUUGUGUGAGAGAGAGAAAUAAACAACUGUGUUCACAAACA